GCGCGUCAGGUGCCCGGAAACGGGAAGUGGGGACAGAAGGCCUCCUUCCGCUGGCCGCUCAGCUGAGGGGCGCGUCCGAGUAGCGGGUCCGCGGGGGCCCCGUCUUGUCGUGGUCUUGGAGGACCUGCCUGGGCAUCGCCGGGCUCGUCCGGCCUUGCGCUGGGUAAAGAUGACGGCAAUCAAGCAUGCGUUACAGAGAGACAUUUUUACACCAAAUGAUGAACGCCUGCUGAGUAUUGUCAAUGUCUGCAAGGCAGGAAAAAAGAAAAAAAACUGUUUUUUGUGUGCCACAGUGACAACUGAGCGCCCCGUGCAGGUGAAGGUGGUCAAAGUCAAGAAGUCUGAUAAAGGAGAUUUCUACAAAAGGCAGGCUGCGUGGGCCCUCCGCGACCUGGCUGUGGUGGAUGCCAAGGAUGCUGCCAAAGAAAAUCCUGAGUUUGAUUUACAUUUUGAAAAAAUAUAUAAAUGGGUUGCUAGCAGCACUGCUGAGAAGAAUGCAUUUAUUUCAUGCAUUUGGAAAUUGAAUCAGCGCUAUCUCCGGAAGAAAAUUGAUUUUGUCAAUGUUAGCUCACAGCUUUUGGAAGAACUGCCUAAAGUUACGGAAGAAUCUGUUCCGAGCGGAGAAAAUCAGAGUGUGACAGGAGGCGAUGAAGAAGCAGUGGAUGAGUACCAAGAGUUAAAUGCAAGAGAGGAGCAAGAUAUUGAAAUAAUGAUGGGAGGCUGUGAGUGUGCAAUUUCUAAUGCCGAGGCCUUUGCAGAAAAGCUGUCCAGAGAGCUGCAGGUGCUAGAUGGGGCCAACAUCCAGUCAAUCAUGGCCUCGGAGAAGCAAGUGAACACCCUCAUGAAGCUGCUGGAUGAGGCUCUGGAUGAGGUGGAUCAGAUCGAAGUGAAGCUGAGCAGCUAUGAGGAAAUGCUCCAGAGCGUGAAAGAGCAAAUGGAUCAGAUCUCAGAGAGCAACCACCUGAUUCACCUUAGCAACACCAACAAUGUCAAACUUUUGUCCGAGAUAGAGUUCCUUGUGAACCACCUGGACUUGGCCAAAGGUCACAUAAAGGCGCUUCAGGAAGGAGACCUGGCGUCCUCACGGGGCAUCGAGGCCUGUACCAAUGCCGCGGACGCCCUCCUGCAGUGCAUGAAUGUGGCUCUUCGACCAGGCCACGACCUGCUUCUGGCAGUCAAGCAGCAACAGCAGCGUUUCAGUGAUUUGCGGGAGCAUUUUGCCAGGAGGCUAGCCAGUCAUCUCAACAAUGUUUUUGUUCAGCAGUUUACUCAGGCCCUCCUUCAGCUCUAUAACAGGUCCUACUUUCUUUCGGUGCCUGGUCAUGAUCAGAGUUCCACUCUUGCUCAGCACUCAAUUGAGCUGACUUUACCUAAUCAUCAUCCAUUUCAUAGAGACUUGCUCCGAUAUGCCAAGCUGAUGGAGUGGCUGAAGAGUACCGACUACGGAAAGUAUGAGGGGCUAACAAAGAAUUACAUGGAUUAUAUAUCACGACUCUAUGAGAGAGAAAUCAAAGAUUUCUUUGAAGUUGCAAAGAUCAAGAUGACCGGCACAACUAAAGAAAGCAAGAAGUUUGCUACACUGCCCCGAAAAGAAAGUGCUGUCAAACAGGAAACAGAGAGUCUUCAUGGAAGUUCCGGGAAAUUAACAGGAUCUACGUCUAGUCUAAACAAACUCAGUGUUCAGAGUUCAGGGAAUCGCAGAUCUCAGUCAUCUUCUUUGUUGGAUAUGGGGAACAUGUCUGCCUCUGACCUUGAUGUUGCCGACAGAACCAAGUUUGAUAAGAUCUUUGAACAGGUUCUCAGUGAGCUGGAGCCCCUGUGUCUGGCAGAACAGGACUUCAUAGGGAAACUUUUCAAACUGCAGCAACAUCCAAGUGUGCCAGGAAUGAUGACUGAAGCAGAGGACCUCGAUGGCGGAACAUUGUCACGGCAACAUAAUUCUGGCACACCACUGCCUGUUUCGUCUGAGAAAGAUAUGAUCCGCCAAAUGAUGAUUAAAAUAUUUCGCUGCAUUGAGCCAGAACUCAACAACCUUAUUGCAUUAGGAGACAAAAUCGAUAGUUUUAACUCCCUUUACAUGCUAGUCAAAAUGAGUCAUCAUGUGUGGACUGCCCAAAAUGUGGACCCUGCCUCUUUUCUGAGUACUACAUUGGGAAAUGUUUUGGUGACUGUCAAAAGGAACUUUGACAAAUGUAUUAGUAACCAGAUAAGGCAAAUGGAAGAAGUAAAGAUCUCAAAGAAGAGUAAAGUAGGAAUUCUUCCAUUUGUGGCUGAAUUUGAAGAAUUUGCUGGACUUGCAGAAUCGAUCUUUAAAAAUGCUGAGCGUCGUGGAGACCUAGAUAAAGCAUAUACUAAACUUAUCAGAGGGGUGUUUGUUAACGCAUUUCUUUGAAGGUGUUGAAGCUCGGGUAGCACAGGGUAUAAGAGAGGAGGAAGUAAGCUAUCAGCUUGCAUUUAACAAGCAGGAGCUCCGGAAAGUUAUCAGAGAGUAUCCUGGGAAGGAGGUGAAAAAAGGCCUGGACAACCUCUACAAGAAGGUCGAUAAGCACCUGUGCGAAGAGGAGAACCUACUGCAGGUAUGCUUCGGUCGUCUGACCAUCCUAGAUGCACAGCCGCACACAAUUGCUUUUUUCUGUAAUAGUCCUCUAGAAAGGCUGGACAUUUUCUAAUGUUAGCACGAGGAAAGUUCCCUAAUGUACAGAGCAGAUCGAUGAGUUGUGAGGCCAAAAGGAUUAAUAUUUAUACAAGUUUAUGUGACUAUUCCUGUUUAUUUUACAUUUGUUUUAUUGUUUCGAGGCACAGUUUUUCUUUUGUUUGGGGUGGAGUAUUUUUGUUGCUUUUUUGUCUUGUUUCUGUUUUGAGGGUAGAAAGGAAAUUGAACUGGCAGGUGGUACAGUGGAGUGGUUCUGAGCAUGGGGGUCGGGCUUGGAAAUGGGUUCAUAAUCUGGCUCCAGAUAAAGCUGCAGGACUGGGGGCAACUUACUUAACCUUUCUGAGCCUCGGUUUCUUUAUUUGAGAAGUAGAAAUAACACUCGCCUGUACAGCAGGCACUCCUCUUGUUGUCGUUGUUUUACACCUGAGGAAGAUCAGAACUCAGAGAGGUGAAAUAAUACAGCAUGGUUCCAUGGCCGAUGGACUGUAGAGCCAGGCCUAAACCACAGACCGAGCCACUGUUGUUGGUAAACCAUCCUAGAGACCCCAAGCAGCGUGAGGAUAAUGCUGACUCUGGCAUCAUGGAGGACUUCGUGAAGCAAAGUCAUAUACUGACUUAGCAGAUAAAGUAGCAGAAGAGGUAUUCAAGAUGGAAGAAAUACCCUGAGCUGAAAGAUGAAGCAGAAAGUGUCAAACGAUUCAGUGAAUAGUCUUUAAGUUGACUAUUAGGAAUUGAGAACUUGGGAGAUUUAGGGUUUACAAGGAAAAUCAUAGAAGAAUGCAUUUGCUCAACUGACAGAUACAGGCGGCGUUCACAGUGCCUCCCUCACCAGGUCAGCCUGUGACUUAUACAGCGUGACACCCGGGGCACACAGUGUGCUGUGCUGAUAUCGAAUAAGGGUCCCUGAGCGUCACUGCUCACUAGCUAGCUGUCAGUGUGUGCCUCAGGUCUGUCAACUCCUUGGCCUACAGAUGAUCUGUCUGACUCAUUUCGGUGCCCUCCAGGGCAUCAGCAGUGUUUUGCAUCAUCAGUUUUAGAUAAAGAAAUUGUCAGACUUUCAUCUGAAAUGGAAUCUGGGCAUUAACUGCUACAUUUCACAUAGUCGCCAGGCUGGGUUGCAUAUCCACAUGUGUUGGGUAAGGAGGGGAUGUGAAAACAGCUCAGAUGUGUCAUGUGUGCUACUCUGUCACCUCUGUUCUGAGUGCUUUACACACAUUCACGCAUUUAACCCUCGUGGAGAACUUGUGAGGAAGGUAUUACCUUCAUCACCGUGGCUUACAGAUAGGGAGCUGGAGCCACAGAGCAGUGAUGUAGCAUCUCAGGUCACACAUCUGGCAGGUGCAGGAGCCAGGAUUCUAGCUCCAGAUGUGUGUUCUUAACUAUUAUGCUGUCCUAAUUUCUUAGAAUAUGUCUUGACUUUUUUUUUCAACAUACUGGACUAUAUAUUAUUUCCAUUUGCAGUUGAGCAGCUUUCAUCCUCAUUUUUAUUUCAGGUCGUGUGGCACUCCAUGCAGGACGAAUUUAUCCGCCAGUACAAGCAUUUUGAAGGUUUGAUAGCGCGCUGUUACCCCGGAUCUGGUGUUACAAUGGAAUUCACCAUUCAGGACAUUCUGGAUUAUUGCUCUAGCAUUGCACAGUCCCACUAGCCCUCAUAAAAGAAGAAAGAUAAAUGAAAAAGGCACCCUGCGUACACCAGACACUAUUCAGAAAUAUCAAGCAACUAUUUUGAGAACCCAGACUUGAAAUUUUAUGUGUUACUUAAGUGUCGUAAAUGGAGAAUAUCAUACCACAAAUAUUCAGGAAUGAAAGUACCAACCUAUGUAGUAGUUUUAUUUGCCCAAUAGGUUGUGUACUAACUUAAAGCAUUUAUGUCAGCAUAAAUGCCUUUAGCAUUUUUCUAUGCCUAAACCAGAAACCUUCCUUUAAUGCCUUGCUUCUUGUAUUUGAGAGUGGUUAUCCUUUGUCGAAUGCAUUGGGUGUUCUUCAGUUUUCACUAGUGCAGCAUCACUUGGAAACCAUGCAACUACUAAAAUACAUAUAGAAUUUUUUCCCUUUGCCUAAUGUGCGUAUGCAUAGGGAUCUUGUGAUGUAAACCUGGAUCACUUGUAAACAUGGAUUUUGAGGAUUAUGUGACUAUAGCUAUGAAUCUGAAAUAAAGAGAUUUUCAAAAAAAUCAAAA